GUUAUGGCGGCUCCAUAUUAACACCCUCCUCCUCCUCUGCCGCCGCCGCCGCCGCUGUCGUCUCCUCCUCUUUUCCCUCCCGCCCGCGCUCGUUAGCCGUCUCCCCCUUCACCCUGACGCCUACCUCUUCCCCUCACCUUUCCCCCUCCCCUCUUCUACCAUGCCCGGCAUGAUGGAGAAAGGGCCCGAGUUACUGGGGAAGAACCGAUCGGCCAACGGCAGCGCCAAGAGCCCGGCGGGGGGCGGCGGAGGCGGCGGCGGCGCCUCGUCCACCAACGGCGGGCUGCACUACUCGGAGCCUGAGAGCGGCUGCAGCAGCGACGACGAGCACGGUGAUGUUGGGAUGAGAGUCGGAGCUGAAUACCAAGCUCGGAUCCCUGAAUUUGAUCCAGGUGCAACAAAGUACACAGAUAAAGACAAUGGAGGGAUGCUUGUAUGGUCUCCAUAUCACAGUAUCCCAGAUGCCAAAUUGGAUGAAUACAUUGCAAUUGCAAAGGAGAAGCAUGGCUACAAUGUCGAACAGGCUCUUGGCAUGUUGUUCUGGCAUAAGCAUAACAUUGAGAAGUCCCUUGCUGAUCUCCCUAACUUCACUCCCUUUCCUGAUGAGUGGACAGUGGAAGAUAAAGUCCUGUUUGAACAAGCCUUUAGUUUUCAUGGGAAGAGCUUUCACAGGAUUCAACAAAUGCUUCCAGAUAAGACAAUUGCAAGCCUUGUAAAAUAUUACUAUUCUUGGAAAAAAACUCGCUCUAGGACAAGUUUGAUGGAUCGCCAGGCUCGUAAAUUAGCCAAUAGACAUAAUCAGGGUGACAGCGAUGAUGAUGUGGAAGAAACACACCCAAUGGAUGGGAAUGAUAGUGAUUAUGAUCCUAAAAAGGAAGCCAAAAAAGAGGGUAAUACUGAACAACCUGUCCAAACUAGCAAGAUUGGCCUUGGAAGGCGAGAAUAUCAAAGUUUGCAACAUCGCCAUCAUUCUCAGCGUUCUAAGUGCCGUCCUCCAAAGGGCAUGUAUUUAACCCAGGAAGAUGUGGUAGCUGUUUCCUGUAGUCCAAAUGCAGCCAACACCAUCCUGAGGCAACUGGACAUGGAACUGAUUUCUCUAAAACGUCAGGUUCAGAAUGCUAAGCAAGUAAAUAGUGCACUUAAACAGAAAAUGGAAGGUGGAAUUGAAGAAUUCAAACCUCCUGAGUCAAAUCAGAAAAUUAAUGCCCGUUGGACCACAGAGGAGCAGCUUCUAGCAGUGCAAGGUGUCCGCAAAUAUGGUAAAGAUUUUCAAGCUAUUGCAGAUGUAAUUGGCAACAAGACUGUUGGCCAAGUGAAGAACUUCUUUGUAAACUACAGGCGUCGGUUUAACUUAGAGGAGGUAUUGCAGGAGUGGGAAGCAGAACAAGGAACCCAGGCUUCUAAUGGUGAUGCUUCUACUUUAGGGGAGGAGACAAAAAGUGCUUCUAAUGUGCCAUCAGGGAAGAGCACUGAUGAAGAAGAGGAGGCACAGACCCCACAGGCUCCUCGGACUCUGGGUCCAUCACCUCCUGCCCCAUCAUCCACUCCAACACCAACAGCCCCCAUUGCCACUUUGAACCAGCCUCCACCACUUCUUCGUCCAACACUGCCUGCUGCCCCUGCUCUUCACCGGCAGCCUCCUCCACUCCAGCAGCAGGCUCGGUUCAUCCAGCCCCGGCCAACUCUAAAUCAGCCUCCACCACCUCUUAUUCGCCCUGCUAAUUCUAUGCCACCCCGUCUAAACCCAAGACCAGUGUUGUCCACAGUUGGUGGUCAACAGCCACCAUCACUUAUUGGAAUUCAGACAGAUUCACAGUCCUCACUGCACUAAAAAUUAAAUUGGACAGCUCUGCAGUAACUUUUCACCCCACCAUUACACCAGUGCUCAUCUGACUGAUGCAAAAAAGGAGAUAAUAAUCCUUCCUAGAUACUGAGGCUGCAAACUAGUUCUGUGGCAGUGGACUAGCAUAAAUGGAUGUCUAAUUUUUUAGUUCACUAAACUAAAAUGUUACACCACAAAAAGCCUCCACUUAGCCUCAUUUCUAGAUAUGUGUACACCAACGAGAUUUCAUAAAAGGAAAAAAAGAUUUGAGUAUUCUAUAUACCAAGGGUUUCUUGUUUUGUUUCUACUAUAUUUAUUUUAUUGAGGUUCUUUUUAUUCCUGCCUCUUCAUAGUCAAGUUUCUUGGUAUAGGAAUAUUGACCUAGAUAUUGUAAAAACUCCUUACGUUUCUUAAGGAUGUUUGGCUUCUUUCUUUUUUUCUUUUAUUUAAUUUUUUAAGAACAUUUCCUAUGUUAGGAGUGCAAGAAUAGCCUGCAUUUCAGAUUUUGAUAAAUGUUCAUUUUAUUCAUAUUUAAAGAAUUAUAGCUCUAUAUCCCUUUUAUCAAAAUAUGUUGCUUUUUGUCUAAAGGAAUUUAACACAUUCCUUUAAAAGAAAGCAAUUUAAUCAAUUGCAAAGCAAUUAUAUGAAACCACAAAGAAUGUAUUGAACCUACUAACCCUUUAACAUGCAGUAUAGGGUCCUAGUGCAAAGUCCUUCUUUAAAGGUCUUUGACCUUACCAUCUAUCAUUAAUAAGAGGAUUGGAAUAAUAAUUUUACAUAGAGAUAAGGACUUAAUUUGUUGAAAUAUAAUGUCUUUAAGAUCCUUG